GUGAGCCAAAAAUGGUAGGAGAGGCAGGCAAUGCAAGUGGAAAGGCAAAACAAAAUCGACUCAUGCUUCAUCCAUUUUGUACUAAAAUCUUUUGUUUCACCCUUUCAGCCAUACUUCCCCCACUGUCUCCUCCUCUGCUCCUUCCUUCCCCUAUUCUCUCUCUCUUUAUCUCUCUCUCUCUAACCCCUUUUGGAUCUUCUGGGUUCUUCAUAAAUAUCCACAUACAUUCCACUGAGCAAAGAGGCUUCUCCAAUGGCUCUCUCUUCUUCUGUUUUUGUUUGUGGUCUUGGGUUCUUGUUCACCCUCAUUUCCAGUUUCGCCGUUUCGCAGUCCCAACUCGCUCUCAACUCGGAGGAGCAAGACUCGGUCUACCAGGUCCUGGACUCCAUCAACUCCGACUUUCCUUGGCGCUCUAUCUUCCCCGAUGAUCUCUGUUCCUCCGCCCCGCACGGCGUCGUCUGCGACUACUUCUCCGGCGAAGGCGAUAACGAAACUGAAACGCCGCACAUUACCGAGCUCAAUUUUGGCUACGUUUCGGACUACUCCCCCAACCCACCUUGCUCGCCCUACUCCACCCUCAACCCACGCAUCUUCUCCUCCUUCAAGUACCUUCGCAAGCUCUUCUUCUACAAAUGCUUCACCCAGACCAACGUUUCGGUCCCCGAAAUUCCGGACAGUUUCGGCUCUUCGUUAGAAGAACUCGUGUUCGUCGAGAACCCAUCUCUGGUCGGCUCUCUCAGUGGCAUGAUCCGAAAUUUCACCGGUCUGAGGAGGCUGGUUCUGACGGGAACGGGGGUUUAUGGCAAAAUCCCAGAUGAGGUUGCCAACCUGACCAGCCUCGAAGAGCUCACACUUUCCCAAAACAAAUUCAGCGGCGAACUCACCCUCAACCUAGCGAACUUGAAGGAGCUGAAGAUUCUCGAUCUCAGUCACAACCAUUUUCAAGGCAACGUCUCUGAUACAAUAGGGCGGCUGUCGCAGCUUCUGAAGCUGGACUUAAGUUGGAAUCGAUUCACCGGAAAAAUCCCAGAAAAUAUAAAGCAUUUACAGAGGUUAGCGUUUUUGGACUUGAGCUAUAAUGAGUUCUCCAGUCCUGGGUUGCCUUUAUUUUUAGGGCAAAUGCCCAUGUUGAGGGAGGUAUACCUGAGUGGGAACAAGCUUGGAGGGCAGAUCCCGGAAAUAUGGGAAAAGCUGGGGGGCAUUUUGGGAAUAGGGUUGUCUCGUAUGGGACUAAUUGGUAAAAUCCCAGCUUCAAUGGGGAUAUUUCUGAGAAACGUGAGUUACUUAGGCCUUGACAACAACAAGCUUGAAGGGACAGUGCCUGAGGAGUUUGGGUUUUUGGAGAAAGUGAAUGAAUUGAAUUUGGAGAACAAUGGGCUCAGCGGCAGGCUCCCAUUUUCUUCCAAAUUUGCCUCUAGAAUUGGGGGGAAGCUAAGGCUAAAAGGGAACAUUGGGCUUUGUGUGGAUGAGGGACUGAGUACCCUCACUUUUAAGGGCAGUAGGGGUAGUUUGGGGACUUUGAAAAUUUGCAGCAAGCCAGAUCUUCCCAGCCCUGUCCUGGUUCAUGGGGGUUCUUCUACAAUUCACUUGUAUUGUUUUUAUCAGUUGAUGCUUUUAGGGGUUUUAGGGUUUUUGUUUGUGUUGGCAUGAUUGCUUGCUAGAAUUAGGGUGUUCAGAGUAGGGUUCCAAGGCUUUAGGUCUAGCAGAAAUGACAAUAUUAUAUACGGAUUUUUGGGAUUUGUAAGUCAUUUGAGUUGGGAUGGGGGGCAAAUAUGUAAUUAUGCAAUCUGUUAAUGGCAACUGCAUAUAUAUGACAUGAAUAUUGAAUGGUGUGCAUGGUUUUA